GCGGUUGGCCAUAUAGAGGCUGGGGGCGGGGGGAGGUCAAGCGUAGCCUCUUCUCCUUUACCAAGAUGGCGUCUUGUUCCUGUUUCGCCACAGUUCCUACCUUAUGAGCUUGGUUUCCUCGCGCUAAUAAGAGAGGAACAGUAAAAGCUGGCAGGCUGACAGAGGCAACCUCGGGACGGACUUUCUGGCUACUGACCAUUUUGCUGUGUCUUACUAGGAUUGUGUGUGGACGUGAGAUCAACCAUGAGCUCUGUUGCAGUUUUGACCCAAGAGAGUUUUGCUGAACAUCGAAGUGGGCUGGUUCCACAACAGAUCAAAGUUGCCACUUUAAAUUCAGAAGAGGACAGUGACCCACCGACCUACAAGGAUGCCUUCCCUCCACUUCCUGAGAAAGCAGCUUGCUUGGAAAGUGCCCAAGAACCUGCUGGAGCCUGGAGUAACAAGAUCCGGCCCAUCAAGGCCUCUGUCAUCACUCAGGUGUUUCAUGUACCCCUGGAAGAGAGAAAAUACAAGGACAUGAACCAAUUUGGAGAAGGUGAACAAGCGAAAAUCUGCCUUGAGAUCAUGCAGAGGACUGGUGCUCACCUGGAGCUCUCUCUGGCAAAAGACCAAGGCCUCUCCAUCAUGGUCUCAGGGAAACUGGAUGCGGUCAUGAAAGCCCGGAAAGACAUUGUUGCUAGACUGCAAACACAGGCCUCAGCAACUGUUACCAUUCCUAAAGAGCACCAUCGCUUUGUCAUCGGCAAAAACGGAGAGAAACUACAAGACUUAGAACUAAAAACUGCAACCAAAAUCCAGAUCCCACGCCCAGAUGACCCCAGUAAUCAGAUCAAGAUCACUGGCACCAAAGAAGGCAUCGAGAAGGCUCGCCAUGAGGUCCUUCUCAUCUCUGCUGAGCAGGACAAGCGUGCUGUAGAGAGGCUUGACGUGGAGAAGGCCUUCCACCCCUUCAUCGCUGGGCCGUACAAUAGGCUUGUGGGUGAGAUCAUGCAGGAGACAGGGACUCGUAUCAACAUCCCUCCACCCAGUGUUAACCGGACAGAAAUCGUCUUCACUGGAGAGAAGGAGCAGCUGGCCCAGGCCGUGGCUCGUAUUAAGAAGAUUUAUGAGGAAAAGAAGAAAAAGACAACAACCAUUGCGGUGGAAGUGAAGAAAUCUCAGCACAAGUAUGUCAUCGGGCCAAAAGGCAAUUCACUGCAAGAGAUCCUGGAAAGAACUGGAGUUUCUGUUGAGAUUCCACCCUCAGACAGCAUAUCUGAAACUGUGAUACUUCGUGGCGAGCCUGAGAAGUUGGGACAGGCAUUGACUGAAGUCUAUGCCAAGGCCAACAGUUUUACAGUUUCCUCAGUCUCUGCCCCUUCCUGGCUUCACCGUUUCAUCAUUGGUAAGAAAGGGCAGAACCUGGCCAAAAUCACUCAGCAAAUGCCAAAGGUUCACAUUGAGUUCACAGAAGGUGAGGACAAGAUCACCCUUGAGGGACCCACGGAGGAUGUGAGUGUAGCCCAAGAACAGAUCGAAGGAAUGGUCAAAGACCUGAUUAACCGGAUGGACUAUGUAGAGAUCAACAUCGACCAUAAAUUCCACAGACACCUCAUUGGGAAGAGUGGAGCCAACAUCAACAGAAUCAAAGACCAGUACAAGGUGUCUGUGCGCAUCCCCCCUGACAGUGAAAAGAGUAACCUGAUCCGGAUUGAGGGGGACCCACAAGGCGUCCAGCAGGCCAAGCGGGAGUUGCUGGAGCUUGCCUCUCGAAUGGAAAAUGAGCGUACCAAGGAUCUAAUCAUUGAACAAAGAUUUCAUCGCACAAUCAUUGGGCAGAAAGGUGAACGGAUUCGUGAAAUUCGUGACAAAUUCCCAGAGGUUAUCAUCAACUUUCCAGACCCAGCACAAAAAAGUGAUAUUGUGCAACUCAGAGGCCCCAAGAAUGAGGUGGAGAAAUGCACUAAGUACAUGCAGAAGAUGGUUGCAGACCUGGUGGAAAAUAGCUAUUCAAUUUCUGUGCCAAUCUUCAAACAGUUUCACAAGAAUAUCAUUGGGAAAGGAGGCGCAAACAUUAAAAAGAUUCGUGAAGAAAGCAACACCAAGAUUGACCUUCCUGCUGAGAACAGCAACUCUGAGACCAUUGUCAUCACUGGCAAGAGAGCCAACUGUGAAGCUGCCCGUAGCCGGAUUCUAUCUAUCCAGAAAGACCUGGCCAACAUAGCGGAGGUGGAAGUCUCAAUCCCUGCCAAACUUCACAACUCUCUCAUUGGCACAAAGGGCCGCCUGAUCCGCUCCAUCAUGGAGGAAUGUGGUGGAGUCCACAUUCACUUUCCUGUGGAGGGUUCUGGAAGUGACACAGUUGUCAUCAGGGGUCCUUCCUCAGAUGUAGAAAAGGCCAAGAAGCAGCUCCUGCACCUGGCUGAGGAGAAGCAAACCAAGAGUUUUACCGUGGACAUCCGAGCCAAGCCAGAGUAUCACAAAUUCCUAAUUGGCAAAGGAGGAGGUAAAAUCCGAAAGGUGCGAGACAGCACUGGAGCCCGCAUCAUAUUCCCAGCUGCCGAGGACAAGGAUCAGGACCUGAUCACAAUCAUAGGGAAGGAGGAUGCUGUCCGUGAGGCCCAGAAGGAGCUGGAAGCUCUGAUCCAGAACCUGGACAACGUGGUUGAAGACUACAUGCUGGUGGACCCCAAGCACCACCGCCAUUUUGUUAUCCGAAGAGGGCAGGUCUUGCGAGAGAUUGCUGAAGAAUAUGGCGGGGUGAUGGUCAGCUUCCCGCGCUCUGGCACACAGAGUGACAAAGUCACCCUCAAGGGUGCCAAGGACUGUGUGGAGGCAGCCAAAAAGCGCAUUCAGGAAAUCAUUGAGGACCUGGAAGCUCAAGUGACAGUGGAAUGUGCUAUCCCCCAGAAGUUCCAUCGAUCUGUCAUGGGCCCCAAAGGUUCAAGAAUCCAGCAGAUCACUAGGGACUACAAUGUUCAGAUUAAGUUCCCAGACAGAGAGGAGAACCCAGUUCACAGUGUAGAGCCUUCCAUCCAGGAGAAUGGAGAUGAAGCUGGAGAGGGCAGAGAGGCCAAAGAGACUGACCCUGGCUCUCCCAGGAGGUGUGACAUCAUAAUCAUCUCUGGCCGGAAAGAGAAAUGCGAGGCUGCCAAGGAAGCCCUGGAGGCCCUGGUUCCAGUCACCAUUGAGGUAGAGGUACCCUUUGAUCUUCACCGCUAUAUCAUUGGACAGAAAGGAAGCGGAAUCCGCAAGAUGAUGGAUGAGUUUGAGGUGAAUAUACAUGUACCAGCUCCCGAACUGCAGUCAGACAUCAUCGCUAUCACUGGCCUUGCAGCAAAUUUGGACAGGGCUAAGACCGGGCUACUUGAUCGAGUAAAGGAGCUACAGGCUGAACAGGAAGAUCGGGCUUUAAGGAGUUUUAAGCUGAGCGUCACUGUAGACCCCAAAUACCAUCCCAAAAUUAUCGGGAGAAAGGGGGCAGUGAUCACCCAGAUCCGCUUGGAGCAUGAUGUGAACAUCCAGUUUCCUGAUAAAGAUGAUGGGAACCAGCCUCAGGACCAAAUCACCAUCACAGGGUAUGAGAAGAACACUGAAGCUGCCCGUGAUGCUAUCUUGAAAAUUGUGGGUGAGCUUGAGCAGAUGGUUUCUGAGGAUGUCCAGCUGGACCACCGUGUGCAUGCCCGCAUUAUUGGUGCCCGAGGCAAAGCCAUCCGGAAAAUCAUGGAUGAGUUCAAGGUGGACAUUCGCUUCCCACAGACUGGAGCUCCAGACCCCAAUUGUGUCACUGUGACAGGACUCCCAGAGAAUGUGGAGGAAGCUAUCGACCACAUCCUCAACCUAGAGGAGGAAUAUCUGGCUGAUGUGGUGGACAGUGAGGCGCUGCAGGUUUACAUGAAGCCCCCGGCACAUGAAGAGUCCAAGGCACCAUCCAAAGGCUUUGUGGUGCGAGAUGCUCCCUGGACCUCCAACAGCAGUGAGAAGGCUCCUGAUAUGAGCAGCUCUGAAGAAUUUCCCAGUUUUGGGGCUCAGGUGGCUCCCAAGACCCUCCCUUGGGGCCCCAAACGAUAAUGAUCAAAAAGAAACCUUUCCAGCCUGCUGCCCAAACCCAACCACACAAUGGUUUGUCUCAAUCUGACCCAGCAGCUGGACCCUCGUAAAUUGUUGAUGCUCUCCCCCUCCCCGAGGUCUCGCAGCAAAGCCUGGUGGGCUGGCCUUGUGUGGCUGCUUCUCCAGGCCUGGUCAGCGCCCAGCAGGCUCAGGGUCUGCUCCUGAUGCUGUGCUCUGGGCCAGGCACGCCAGUGUGUGAAACACUAAGCAAGGUAUUCGAGCAUUUCGUGAUCACAGACUCCAGCUUCUGGUCCACCCAGCAUGUAGUCAGCACUCUGACCUUCACACCAGAGCUCCACAGCGGCUAGGAGCUGACUUCCUGUGUCAUGACCUCAGGAAAUAAAUUUCCUUGACUUUAUAAAAGCCAAAACGUUUGCCCUCUUCCUUUCCCACCUCCCUCCUGCCCAGACCUUCCUCUUUGUGGAAAGCAGUCAGCUUCUUUGGCUGUCAAAAUCUGCUUAGCACAGGCUACAGGAGGAGGAAGGCAUGGUUUCGGACAGCAAGAGGUCAGAUGUCCUGGUGAUGGAGUGGGUAGAGGGGUGGCCUGGGUCCUCAGUACUGAUGACACCACUUUGGGUUCUGAAAGCAGCAGGGGCUUCUACUGCAGCGCCAGCGUACCCUAGAGGCAUGGCUGUCAGAGUGGGCUGGGGUGGCUUGAGACUUUGGGGACAAGGGGAGGUAGGGACUGGGUGGGGAGGGGGCUUGACCCUAAGUGACAGCUCAACUUUCCCACAACCUUUGGCCCGUUUGCCUCGCCCAGACGCCUGGUGUUUGGUUGCCUUCUUUCUACCUCAGCCAGUAUGGUAGUGCUCUCUGUGGGUUAGCACCACUCCUCGAGGUCUUCUUAAUUUAGGCAUUUGUGGUGAUUCUGGGCUUGCCAUUGAGUUGAGGAGGGUGAAAGCUGGUGCUUCUCAGGCCGCAAGGUUCAGGGGCUGGUCCAGAGCAAGCUGCUCAUUUAUUCCCAGCCAGCCUGAGUCUGCAGCUUCCGGCAGGUGUCAUCAAUAGAGGCUGUCGUUUAGCAUGGAUUAGAAGGAAAGGCAGAAUGAAAAAGACCCCAUGCAGGGAGUGCUGCCAGCUGAGAGAGGCCUUCUCUCAGGUGCAGGAAGUAACUUGGGCCACUGGCCCCGGCUAGCAUGGCUUCAGGCCAGCCCUCACCAGGAAAAGUGAUCCCCAGCAGAAGUGUCCCUCUUGGGUUGUGGAGACUGAGGACAGGUCUUUUAUUUCCAGGUCAUAUAAUCAACUAGUAACAGUCCUGUCCCAGAUAGGUGGGUUCCUAGAAAAGCCAACCUGUGCCCAUCUCAUGGCCUUCCCUGGGAACUGUCACUUCUCCUGUGACACUUUCCCCAAGCCUUUCACUGUUCAUCUGAUAACUCACGCUUGGCCACCUGUAGACUCUAGCUCCUAAGUGGAUCCAGAAUUGCUUUUCAAGUCUAACUUGAGUUCCCUGUAGAUGAAGCAGUCCCACGGGUACCCACUUACAGGGAUGGUACUGCGGUGCGAGAGAACAGCUACUGUGCUCAGUAGGCUUGAGCCAGGUGGGUAAGACGGGGAGGGGGCUUCCCUGCCUUUCCCUGGAGCCGUCUCUUCUCCCAUCUGCACAAGACUGGGGACACCUGGCUUCUUCCUGCCCCUCAUCUUUCUUCAUCGUCAUCCUACAACAUCCAGUCUCUUCCUUCCACAGAAGGUAAAGGUUAAAUUAUCACCACAGGAUUUUGCACAUCUCCAUUUAUUGCUAAGCGCUGUAGAUGUAUGUAAACCCUACCCUAUACUGUGAGGGUCUCAUUCCUUGUCUCUGAUUGUUAAUAAGGACUAUGAAAUUGACUGUGCCCAGGUCACCUCCCUGCAGCCUCCACGCUGUUGAGGGGUCUAGGCAGGGAUGGGAGUGUCCUUUCUUCCUUGUUGAAUGUCUUCCAUGUCCUAUGUUUCCAUAGCUACACCCAUCCCUUGGCCUUAACUUUGGAAUUUGGAGAUUAUAUGCAAACAUGUGUAAAGGCUCAUGAAUAUGGAUGACACUGGAAUUUUAUAAAUUCUAAAAUAAAACCCGAAACCAGAA